GAUGUCGCCAGUACUAUUAUCCUGGACAGUAGAUGGCGACAAAGUUCAUUCAUCUUCUGUUACUAAACAGAAAUUAAACACAGCCAGCAACGUUAGCUUGAAGAACAGCGACGUCCAGUUUUUUUCUACUAAUUUGGAAACUUAUAAACAGGUACGCUGGACUUUUCUGACACUCACUCGGACAUGUCCUAUGUCUUCAUCAAUGACUCGUCGCAGACCAGCGUGCCUCUGCUGCAGGCCUGCAUCGACGGCGACCUCCCGUUCGCCAAGAGGCUCCUGGAGACCGGCUGCGACCCCAACAUCCGCGACAACCGCGGCCGCACCGGCCUGCACCUAGCCGCCGCCCGCGGCAACGUGGAGAUAUGCCGCCUGCUGCACAAGUUCGGCGCCGACCUGCUGGCGACGGACUACCAAGGGAAUACGGCGUUGCACUUGUGCGGCCACGUGGAUACCAUACAGUUCCUGGUGUCCAACGGGUUAAAGAUCGAUAUCUGUAACCACAAUGGUUCGACUCCUCUGGUCCUGGCCAAAAGACGGGGCGUCAACAAGGACGCCAUCCGCCUGCUGGAGGGCCUGGAGGAACAGGAAGUGAAAGGCUUCAACAGAGGGGCUCACUCCAAACUGGAGACCAUGCAGAUGGCCGACAGUGAGAGCGCGAUGGAGAGCCACUCUCUGCUCAACCCCAACCUGCAGAGCAGCGAGGGCGUCCUGUCCAGCUUCCGCACCACCUGGCAGGAGUUUGUGGAGGACCUGGGCUUCUGGAGGGUCCUGCUGCUGCUGGUGGUCAUCGCCCUCCUGUCCCUCGGCAUCGCCUACUACGUCAGCGGGGUGCUGCCUUUCUCCAGCAGCCAGCUGGAGUUGGUUCACUGAGGAGGAGGAGGACGAGGAAGUGGCGACAGUGGAAAAGGAACAGCAUAGAGGGAAGAAGGUUGAAAUGUUGAGUCAAAGUUCAGCUCAAACAAAAACAAAAAAAACGAAGUUGAAUUAUCUGCUGCCCAGAUUCAGUUUUAUCAUCUUAUCCUGUCAGCUAAAAAGCAAGAAUCUUAACAAAUUUUCCUCUGAUAUUUGCCUUUACUUAUUGAGUUGAUUAUUUCACUGAGAGGCAGGAGAACAUUUAGUUCAGUUUCAUUAUUAUGUUAAAUUUUGAAUCUGCAGAGAGAACGAUUGAAGCUCGACUCAUCCAGAAUCAUCCUGCUCCUGUUGUGUUCGACACACUAACUCUCCAACAGCCCUUUUCCUGUUACAAUCUGUAUAUUUCAGUGUUUGUAACUUUAUUUUGACAGUGUUCUCUUAUUAUUAUUUAUUAUCUAUUCAUUUUCUUUAUACUGAAUGUUUAUUACACUUCUGCAUCUCUUUUGUCUUUAUUGCCUGAAACUCAAAUAGCAUUAAAAUCUUUUUUUUAUUUGCUGCGAUGACUAAAAGUGACCUACAGCCGUCCUGUAGAGGUGAUGUUUGUUUAAAUACUCAGAAAAGCACCUUGACUGUUUCUUUAGACCAAAAGGGUCCAUUUAAUGAAGCAUGCAGCUUUGUUUCAGUCCACUUAACACUAUGAUGACCAUCAUGUAGAGGAUUAUCAUGGGGUUAUUAAUGCAGAUCAGUUGCUUUUGUUGUAUAUUCAUUUUAUCUGAUUGCUUUUUUUCUUGCUAUAUCCUGUAAAUAAAGCCUUUGAAGUACCUCCUGGUUUAAUGUCGAAAAUAAAGUCAAGAACAAAUGUAGUGAUUAACAA